CGGGCUCCGGCGGGGUACUGGGCGCAGGUCACCUCAGCGCGGGAGGCCGGCGCGGCGGCGGGUGGCUCCAAAAGGUGCCGCGCCCGCUCCCGGGGAAGGCGCUGUGGCGCGGGGCCGCCCCCUUGCGCCCCGGGCGCCGGCUGCGGCCCGGCCUCCUCCUCCUCUUCCUCCGCCCUCCUUGGCUGGGAAAGUGGGAGGCGGCGGCGGCGGCGGCGGCGUGGUGUGUGUGCGCGCGUGAGGGGGGCAGCAGAGAGGAGUCUCCCGGUGCCGCCGCGGCGUCAGAGACACUGCGAGCGGCGAGCGCGGUGGGGCCGCAUCUGCAUCAGCCGCCGCAGCCGCUGCGGGGCCGCGAACAAAGAGGAGGAGCCGAGGCGCGAGAGCAAAGUCUGAAAUGGAUGUUACAUGAGUCAUUUUAAGGGAUGCACACAACUAUGAACAUUUCUGAAGAUUUUUUCUCAGUAAAGUAGAUAAAGAUGGAUGAAUCAGCCUUGUUGGAUCUUUUGGAGUGUCCGGUGUGUCUAGAGCGCCUUGAUGCUUCUGCGAAGGUCUUGCCUUGCCAGCAUACGUUUUGCAAGCGAUGUUUGCUGGGGAUCGUAGGUUCUCGAAAUGAACUCAGAUGUCCCGAGUGCAGGACUCUUGUUGGCUCGGGUGUCGAGGAGCUUCCCAGUAACAUCUUGCUGGUCAGACUUCUGGAUGGCAUCAAACAGAGGCCUUGGAAACCUGGUCCUGGUGGGGGAAGUGGGACCAACUGCACAAAUGCAUUACGGUCUCAGAGCAGCACUGUGGCUAAUUGUAGCUCAAAAGAUCUGCAGAGCUCCCAGGGUGGACAGCAGCCUCGGGUGCAAGCCUGGAGCCCCCCAGUGAGGGGUAUACCUCAGUUACCAUGUGCCAAAGCAUUAUACAACUACGAAGGAAAAGAGCCUGGAGACCUUAAAUUCAGCAAAGGUGACAUCAUCAUUUUGCGAAGACAAGUGGAUGAAAAUUGGUACCAUGGGGAAGUCAAUGGAAUCCAUGGCUUUUUCCCCACCAACUUUGUGCAGAUUAUUAAACCGUUACCUCAGCCCCCACCUCAGUGCAAAGCACUUUAUGACUUUGAAGUGAAAGACAAGGAAGCAGACAAAGAUUGCCUUCCAUUUGCAAAGGAUGAUGUUCUGACUGUGAUCCGAAGAGUGGAUGAAAACUGGGCUGAAGGAAUGCUGGCAGACAAAAUAGGAAUAUUUCCAAUUUCAUAUGUUGAGUUUAACUCAGCUGCUAAGCAGCUGAUAGAAUGGGAUAAGCCUCCUGUGCCAGGAGUUGAUGCUGGAGAAUGUUCCUCGGCAGCAGCCCAGAGCAGCACUGCCCCAAAGCACUCCGACACCAAGAAGAACACCAAAAAGCGGCACUCCUUCACUUCCCUCACUAUGGCCAACAAGUCCUCCCAGGCAUCCCAGAACCGCCACUCCAUGGAGAUCAGCCCCCCUGUCCUCAUCAGCUCCAGCAACCCCACUGCUGCUGCACGGAUCAGCGAGCUGUCUGGGCUCUCCUGCAGUGCCCCUUCUCAGGUUCAUAUAAGUACCACCGGGUUAAUUGUGACCCCGCCCCCAAGCAGCCCAGUGACAACUGGCCCCUCGUUUACUUUCCCAUCAGAUGUUCCCUACCAAGCUGCCCUUGGAACUUUGAAUCCUCCUCUUCCACCACCCCCUCUCCUGGCUGCCACUGUCCUUGCCUCCACACCACCAGGCGCCGCCGCUGCUGCUGCUGCUGCUGGAAUGGGACCGAGGCCCAUGGCAGGAUCCACUGACCAGAUUGCACAUUUACGGCCGCAGACUCGCCCCAGUGUGUAUGUUGCUAUAUAUCCAUACACUCCUCGGAAAGAGGAUGAACUAGAGCUGAGAAAAGGGGAGAUGUUUUUAGUGUUUGAGCGCUGCCAGGAUGGCUGGUUCAAAGGGACAUCCAUGCAUACCAGCAAGAUAGGGGUUUUCCCUGGCAAUUAUGUGGCACCAGUCACAAGGGCGGUGACAAAUGCUUCCCAAGCUAAAGUCCCUAUGUCUACAGCUGGCCAGACAAGUCGGGGGGUGACCAUGGUCAGUCCUUCCACGGCAGGAGGGCCUGCCCAGAAGCUCCAGGGAAAUGGCGUGGCUGGGAGUCCCAGUGUUGUCCCCACAGCUGUGGUAUCAGCAGCUCACAUCCAGACAAGUCCUCAGGCUAAGGUCUUGUUGCACAUGACGGGGCAAAUGACAGUCAACCAGGCCCGCAAUGCUGUGAGGACAGUUGCAGCGCACAACCAGGAACGCCCCACGGCAGCAGUGACACCCAUCCAGGUACAGAAUGCCGCCGGCCUCACCCCUGCAUCUGUGGGCCUGUCCCAUCACUCGCUGGCCUCCCCACAACCUGCGCCUCUGAUGCCAGGCUCAGCCACGCACACUGCUGCCAUCAGUAUCAGUCGAGCCAGUGCCCCUCUGGCCUGUGCAGCAGCUGCUCCACUGACCUCCCCAAGCAUCACCAGUGCUUCUCUGGAGGCUGAGCCCAGUGGCCGGAUAGUGACCGUUCUCCCUGGACUCCCCACAUCUCCUGACAGUGCUUCAUCAGCUUGUGGGAACAGUUCAGCAACCAAACCAGACAAGGAUAGCAAAAAAGAAAAAAAGGGUUUGUUGAAGUUGCUUUCUGGCGCCUCCACUAAACGGAAGCCCCGCGUGUCUCCUCCAGCAUCGCCCACCCUAGAAGUGGAGCUGGGCAGUGCAGAGCUUCCUCUCCAGGGAGCGGUGGGGCCCGAACUGCCACCAGGAGGUGGCCAUGGCAGGGCAGGCUCCUGCCCUGUGGACGGGGACGGACCGGUCACGACUGCAGUGGCAGGAGCAGCCCUGGCCCAGGAUGCUUUUCAUAGGAAGGCAAGUUCCCUGGACUCCGCAGUUCCCAUCGCUCCACCUCCUCGCCAGGCCUGUUCCUCCCUGGGUCCUGUCUUGAAUGAGUCUAGACCUGUCGUUUGUGAAAGGCACAGGGUGGUGGUUUCCUAUCCUCCUCAGAGUGAGGCAGAACUUGAACUUAAAGAAGGAGAUAUUGUGUUUGUUCAUAAAAAACGAGAGGAUGGCUGGUUCAAAGGCACAUUACAACGUAAUGGGAAAACUGGCCUUUUCCCAGGAAGCUUUGUGGAAAACAUAUGAGGAGACUGACACUGAAGAAGCUUAAAAUCACUUCACACAACAAAGUAGCACAAAGCAGUUUAACAGAAAGAGCACAUUUGUGGACUUCCAGAUGGUCAGGAGAUGGGCAAAGGAUUGGUAUGUGACUCCGAUGCCCCAGCACAGUUACCCCAGCGAGCAGAGUGAAGAAGAUGUUUGUGUGGGUUUUGUUAGUCUGGAUUCGGAUGUAUAAGGUGUGCCUUGUACUGUCUGAUUUACUACACAGAGAAACCUUUUUUUUUUUUUUUAAGAUAUAUGACUAAAAUGGACAAUUGUUUACAAGGCUUAACUAAUUUAUUUGCUUUUUUAAACUUGAACUUUUCGUAUAAUAGAUACGUUCUUUGGAUUAUGAUUUUAAGAAAUUAUUAAUUUAUGAAAUGAUAGGUAAGGAGAAGCUGGAUUAUCUCCUGUUGAGAGCAAGAGAUUCGUUUUGACAUAGAGUGAAUGCAUUUUCCCCUCUCCUCCUCCCUGCUACCAUUAUAUUUUGGGGUUAUGUUUUGCUUCUUUAAGAUUGAAAUCCCAGUUCUCUAAUUUGGUUUUCUUCUUUGGGAAACCAAACAUACAAAUGAAUCCGUAUCAAUUAGGGCCUGAGGUAGAGAGACAGAAACUUGAGAGAAGAGAAGUUAGUGAUUCCCUCUCUUUCUAGUUUGGUAGGAAUCACCCUGAAGACCUAGUCCUCAAUUUAAUUGUGUGGGUUUUUAAUUUUCCUGGAAUGAAGUGACUGAAACAAUGAGAAAGAAUACAGCACAACCCUUGAACAAAAUGUAUUUAGAAAUAUAUUUAGUUUUAUAGCAGAAGCAGCUCAAUUGUUUGGUUGGAAAGUAGGGGAAAUUGAAGUUGUAGUCACUGUCUGAGAAUGGCUAUGAAGCGUCAUUUCACAUUUUACCCCAACUGACCUGCAUGCCCAGGACACAAGUAAAACAUUUGUGAGAUAGUGGUGGUAAGUGAUGCACUCGUGUUAAGUCAAAGGCUAUAAGAAACACUGUGAAAAGUUCAUAUUCAUCCAUUGUGAUUCUUUCCCCACGUCUUGCAUGUAUUACUGGAUUCCCACAGUAAUAUAGACUGUGCAUGGUGUGUAUAUUUCAUUGCAAUUUCCUGUUAAGAUGAGUUUGUACUCAGAAUUGACCAAUUCAGGAGGUGUAAAAAUAAACAGUGUUCUCUUCUCUACCCCAAAGCCACUACUGACCAAGGUCUCUUCAGUGCACUCGCUCCCUCUCUGGCUAAGGCAUGCAUUAGCCACUACACAAGUCAUUAGUGAAAAUGGUCUUUUAUGUCCUCCCAGCAGACAGACAUCAAGGAUGAGUUAACCAGGAGACUACUCCUGUGACUGUGGAGCUCUGGAAGGCUUGGUGGGAGUGAAUUUGCCCACACCUUACAAUUGUGGCGGGAUCCAGAAGAGCCUGUCUUUUCAUAUACAUUCUUUGAUGUCAUUGGCCUCUCCCACCGAUUUCAUUACGGUGCCACGCAGUCAUGGAUCUGGGUAGUCCGGAAAACAAAAGGAGGGAAGACAGCCUGGUAAUGAAUAAGAUCCUUACCACAGUUUUCUCAUGGGAAAUACAUAAUAAACCCUUUCAUCUUUUUUUUUCCUUUAAGAAUUAAAACUGGGAAAUAGAAACAUGAACUGAAAAGUCUUGCAAUGACAAGAGGUUUCAUGGUCUUAAAAAGAUACGUUAUGUGGUUGAAGAUGAAAUCAUUCCUAAAUUAACCUUUUUUUUAAAAAAAAAACAAUGUAUAUUAUGUUCCUGUGUGUUGAAUUUUUUAAAAAAAAUACUUUACUUGGAUAUUCAUGUAAUAUAUAAAGGAUUGGUGAAAUGAACUUUAGUUAGGAAAAAGCUGGCAUCAGCUUUCAUCUGUGUAAGUUGACACCAAUGUGUCAUAAUAUUCUUUAUUUUGGGAAAUUAGUGUAUUUUAUAAAAAUUUUAAAAAGAAAAAAGACUACUACAGGUUAAGAUAAUUUUUUUACCUGUCUUUUCUCCAUAUUUUAAGCUAUGUGAUUGAAGUACCUCUGUUCAUAGUUUCCUGGUAUAAAGUUGGUUAAAAUUUCAUCUGUUAAUAGAUCAUUAGGUAAUAUAAUGUAUGGGUUUUCUAUUGGUUUUUUGGAGACAGUAGAGGGAGAUUUUGUAACAAGGGCUUGUUACACAGUGAUAUGGUAAUGAUAAAAUUGCAAUUUAUCACUCCUUUUCAUGUUAAUAAUUUGAGGACUGGAUAAAAGGUUUCAAGAUUAAAAUUUGAUGUUCAACCUU